GUUAUCUGUUCCCCUUAUAAAAAAUACAACAUUUUGAAAAAUAUCUGUGCAGCCUAUUUUUGUCAGAUUUGAGCAUCACUUGAUAGAUUACGUCACAAUAACACAUUCCAUGCAUCUAUGAAGAAUAGCCGCCAUAUUCUAUCAACCGUUCAAAAAUAUCAAGUACACAUUUUUAUCCAUGGCAAGCCAGGAGGAAUUAUUAUAAAGAUUAGUUUGAUUUUCUACAAAACAUUUUGUGCAUCAUGAAGCCAAAUAAAAUUAAUUCUACCGAGAAAAGUGAUGGAAAAUCAGUCGAUUUGACGUCAAUGCAGCUUUUGAAGAUAUUUCAAGGUGAUGAGAAGUUCAAACAAGCAUUUCAAAGUGGGGUGUUGGACAUGCCUCCUUUAUUGGUCGUCACUUCAAUGGGUUCAGAAGAAGGUGUAGAUGUUUUGCUUGGUUCCGGAGCGGAUCCGAAUGUCAUCAACCAAAUGGAUGGUAAUAGUCCCCUGAUAUUAGCAGCUAGAAUUCGUCAUGUGAACAUUAUGAAGAAACUCUUAGAGAAGGGCGCAGAUCCGUCACUUACCAAUAAGGAUGGGAACAAUGCAUUUAUGGCGGCUGUAUCUACUGGUGACGCUGGACCUGUUAAUUUGCUCUGGCAAUACAGAUCUAAAUUCAACAUCAACCAAACAAACAAGAUCGGUUGCUCUGCCCUAUACAUUGCUGCCAGCCGUCAAUGGGAGAGCUGCCUUAACAUGCUCGUCUGCGGGGGUGCAAACAAGAACCAAGGAAACAAUCGUGGUAUGACUCCGCUUAUGACGGUUGCACUGAAACACGACAAAAAGUCCCUUGAUCGACUAAUCUCCUCUGGUGCCAACAUUCUUGAAGAGAACAACGACGGAGUGACUGCUUUGUGCUAUGCAAUCAAGAAGAAAAAUCAGGCUAUUGUCGACGUGCUCAUGUCCAAACUGGAUUCUAACCAAAGGAUGAAAUACGUAAUGGGACGAGAUGUUCAGCUAAGCGUUUUGAUCGGAUGCACUGACGACGAUAUUCUAGAAGACGAAGACAGUGAAGAAUCAAUAUCCUACACGUUGUUUGAUGUCUUAGCCACUCUGUCUGAGCCCACAGACAAAUACAACAUGAGACACUUCAUUUAUGAGAAUGACAUUUUAGGAAAGUUGGUAACAAUGGUAGAACGAUACGCAGAGUUAGAUCUCUUUGAUAACGUUGAUUUGAUAUUAAGAGAUAUUAUGUUUCCUUUGAUGUAUAAUCACACUACCAGGGAGAUCGAGCUAGUAUUCAUGGGUCAGUUCAUGGAUGUUUAUGGGCCAGAGGUAUUAGUUGGUGUCACCAAGAAGAAGGGCCAGCAAGACUAUGACAUUUGUACCACUGUGCAUGUCAUGAGGAUAUUCAUAGUAAUGGGUCACUGCGCCAUUGGCAAGAUGUGGUUGUCUGAAAACUUUCACAAGGUGGCGCCACAUCUUGCAACGUAUCGAGAUCAUCAUAAACACGUGUCACCGAGUAAACUGCUUUGGGAACCUGAGAUUCUUGCCAUGUGGAAUAUUUUCAAAGUGUGGUUUGAACAUAUGCAUCGAGGUGAAUCAGAUAAACGCUUACAGGAGCUGAUUGCUACAGAGGAACAUGAAAAGCAAAGAAGGGCAAAGAAACGAGAGAAGAAGAAGCUCAAGAGAAGGCAGAGAAAUCCAAGAAUUAACGAUGACUCUACAAGACCGGAUUCUGAUGGGAUCGACGAGGAACUAAGUGAAUUGACAACAUCAAUGAAUACGCUUGAAAUAGAGGCUUCUAACUACAUUCGUGAAAAUGCGACAGUUGACAUCACACCAGCGACUAUCAACAGUAUGGCCUUGGAGAUGCAAAACAAGUUAUCAAAAUCUGCUAAACGCAGACUAAAGCAACGAGAGAAACGAAGAUUGAGAAAACCGAGUGAAAGUUCUGAUACUUGUUCAAUAGAACAGGAAAUUCCAUUGGAAGAAUUUGAGAUUGUAGUUAAUAAAAAGAAAAAACGUCAGAAGAAACUUAAAAAGAGAGAAACAGAAAAGUCACGCACUGACUCGGUGUCUGUUGAAUUAGAUGAUCCACUCAGAGCUUCCUUUAAUGAUUGUGAAGAUGAUUUGCUAACAGAGAGACAAACUAUGUCUGCUGUAAAUCCAAAUAGCUUGCGUUCGGUAGAGUCUUGCCCUGUUAUUGAAAUUAACAGUAACCAAGACCAACAUAGUACAAUAGAUCAAGAUGAAAUGUUUAAUAUCGCUAGUUGUACUUCCGCUGAUAUACAACAGUGUUCCUCCCAAAACAAAGAUGAAACAGGGACACAAAAUAUCCAAAACGAAGUUCCGAAUAUGCUUAAUGAAAACUUAUUGAUCUGUAGUCCAUCUUUGCAUGUAAGUAGUGAAUCGAACAUGGCAUAUAACAUUCCGCCUAAAUCUAAGGAUCCAUCGCAGACAUCUGGUAAUAUGUCUUCACAUCACAAAAAUAAUACUAUACAUAUCCCCGAGGUAUACACUCCAUGUGAGAGUUCAGCAAUGAAAGACAUGGACAUGGGGGCGAGUGUGGCAGAGGCUACAAACUCACAUCUGUCAGCUGGUAAUACAAAUGUCAAGAAAACAUGGGCAGAUUUGGUAAGAUCGCCAAAUGGUGAUACAUUGCGAUCACCAAAUACAUCAGGGUAUUUAGACCAAUCAUUCAACAAUGAUGACGACCUCUCAGUGGACUACCCUGAAAAAGACUCCAGUGCAAAGCAGAGAGACAAACAUAAACAAAAUCUUAAUCAGUUUCAGAGAGAAAUACCCCCACGAUUCAGGAACGUCAAGAAGGCACACGUAGAAAUAAAUGAAUCUCAAAAGUUGAAAAAGAAUGGCCUUGAAGUCAAUGAAUUGAAUAAUCAUGUUGGAUCAAAAGUUAAUGCUAUUUCAUUGGACGACUGGUUGAAUUGUAGCAAUGCUAAUAUCUCCAAUGAUAAAUACACGAAAACCGAUGACACCGUAAACUUUAUGAAUUAUAAAAAUGCUGUCGUAGGAAAGCACGAACAAAACGAGUCACUUGCUAAAGCAACUGUAUUAGAGACUAUGCCUGACUCUCAUGCAGAAGAUGGACCCAUAGACGAAAACCAAAAUGUCGAUAUAUGUGAAAUGGAUGUUGGCGGUGAUACAGUUGUAAACGAUAAUGUUAGACAACAGACUCCGCCAAGUUUGAGUGUGAUGAUACAGCAACAGAACCAACUGGAGAUGAUGAAGAAACAGCAUCAGGUUAUGUUGCAUCAUCUUCAUUACCAACAGAUGUUAAGAUAUCAAUCUGCACAGAACCGGAAUGUUCCAAGACCUCCGUUCGUGCCCAUACCUUCUUCAUUACGCUUUCCUAACAUACAACAGCUUCCCCAACCGCCUAACCUCAAUCUACCUUCUUCGCAUUUCCAUCAAGAUUCAACUGCAAAAGGACACGAACGUGUACCAAAUGCCAAAGUAGCACUUGAAUGUCCCCCAUGUAAACCUGAAGAAACCCGGGAUUCAAAUAAUAAUCCUACAUGUUAUGGAAGGAAUGGAGGGGAGAGAUGUCAGCCUAUACCAGAGUUUAAAAUGUCAAUUGAACCCAACGUUGAAAAUCAUAAAGGGCAGCAAAACAGGUUACCGCUAUUACAACAAAACCUGCAUACAAAUGGAGAACAUGUCAUAGACGGAUGCGGACAAAGAAAUAUACACAUAGAAGAUCAGUAUAUCAACGAUAACAUUUUGGGUAUGCACCAUUCUAAUCCUGAAAGUGAUUCAUUCAAGUCACCAACUUCAGAUGUUGACAUAUCUGGCACCAACAGUGUAUCAUUGGAUGCUUCAUCAUUGAGUAUCUCAAGCGUGGAGUCGUGUGUCGGUGGCAUGAGUCACAGUUUGAACAAAUCAGCAUGUAAUGAGUCAUUUAACAACUUACAAAAUGACUCUUACCCACUUAAAGAAUGUCCAUCAAUGGUGUUACCUACGGAUAAGAACUUUGCAUACCGGACGCCAACACCUCCUGGAUAUAUCCACAUACGUACUGAACAUCUGAUGGAUUUAAAAAUGAAGCAAUGUUCACCAUACGACUUUGGAAACACGAGCGAUUUCUCGGUGCUAAGCUCUGAUUCAAAUGGUUCAAUAGACCAAGGUAAAGGCGACGUGCGUCAGGUGAUCGCGCGACCUAGAAUGUUACCUGUUGUUGAUCCUAACAUUUCCCUAACACAGUUGGUGUACUAUCAAUACGCCCAGGCCUUCGGUACCCUCGAAACUGGGAACGCACCACAGACACCUUGGACUCAUACAAACUGCCCUCUUCAGAGAGUUAUAGAUGGCACAUCUCCCAUACAAAAUCUAACAACCGAAGAUUUAAUUUGGUCACAUGAAAAUUACAAUAAAGUGUAUAGCGAGCAGAUCUCAAAACAGAAUAUGAAUCAAUCGUACCCAGUUUCCAGCUCUGGUUCAAGCGGGACCGAGAAUCUGUUGAAUUCAAUAUAUGACGUGAAUUUCCAACAGGAAACUCUAGAUGUUGGCACAAACUACUCACCAACACUGUCCAACAGAUGUGAUGAUACUAGUCCACCACAAGAGAUCUCAAUCGAUGGUCAUGAUAGUCCAGAAAGGAUAUCAGGCGACUGUAGCCCACAUAAACUGUCAAAGGGAUUCAACGAUAGUCCACAGAAGAUAGAAGACAGAUGUAGUCCAUGUAAGCCGUUAGAUGAGAGUAAUCAUCCUCCAUCAAAUAUAUCAGACAAGCGUAGUGUUACACACAAAACUAUUCCAAAUCUCAUGGACAUCGAAGUCUACCCAUUUAGAGAUCUCUUGAAAACUAAUUUACACCAAAAUGACAAUAUUGAAGAGUUUGAGGUCGAAGAACUUCCACAAUGGGCUGAGGAUAACAGUGAUGGUUCUCCCAUCCACACUCUCGAUGAUUUGAACAAGCAAACAGAACUUUUCAUCACUGAUUUUGAAAAGCAACAGACACCUGACUCACUUAAUGACAACUGCAAGCAAACAAAAGAUGCGGCACAAAGCAAUGCACCCAAUAUAAAUGAUAUAUGCUAUAAUGUCAAAUCAGUAAAUGAAAGAGAGGCUGACAAUGGAAGCAUUCCUGAAUUCUUCCCUUCUGCAUUUGAUGACGUCAUCAAACCUUGGGAUUUUUCCACCGAAUCUGACAAGGAUACUACUGAUGCUCAAUUCUGUACUUCCAGUCCGAAGAAACAAGUAGAUAUAAACAGUAAUCCAGUUGUACAACAUAUUCCUAGUCUUCUUGAUCUUUCCCCAGUGAAGUUAGUAGAACCAAACACCAUGAUGAUAUCCGAACUUGAAAGAGUCCAACACAGUCGAUCACAAAACAUUCGCAGAAAAGUGAUCGUUCCCAAUGAGAACAUCUCACAUCAGUACCCACAACAGAUUCCUUCUCUAGUCGGUGUAGCAAACGUCACCCAGGCGGAAAAACACCCAAACAUCGUUCCAGUUCUCAAGAACGCGUCCAUGGGGCCACUUCAUUUGCUAAAGGGAAAUUCAAGAUGGCAGCCCAAGAGUCAGUUAUGGAUGCCUUACUUGCAGAAUAUCGCAAUGACACCACCUGAACGGUGUAUAACACUGCCCUCUGGUACCAAGAUUGAGAGAAAUUCGAGAACUGACCAGGUCACGGUUGUUUUGGGCAUCAUGACGGAUGGAACAGAAUGUGCUGUAAAAAUCAUCCCCGGGCCGAAGAAGGACGAAUACAGAACUCUCACGAAUGGGCUGCUAAGCAUUUCCCAUAGACUUCAAAGUGACUUCUUGCUCCAGUUUAAGCAUUAUGAAGAACAUUGCAACAUUGGUUUUAUCACGAUGGAGUUAUGUGAGGAAUCUCUUGAUCUUUACUUGCAUCGCAUCUUGGAGACCCACCACGCCAUUGAUGACUGGUUGAAGAACAGACUCAUCUGGCAGCUCUUGAAGGGGCUGCAACACCUGCAUGACAAUGUGAAGGUCGCACAUGGAAACUUGAAGCCUCAAAAUAUACUGAUUGAUGAUGAAGGCCGUCUAAAGAUGUCAGACUACCGACUGCCUUCGAAAUUCUCUGCAAUCAAUACCGAUAGACGGCCAGGCUCAUUCGGAUGCAAUCCUCAAUGUUGGAGAUCAUCUGAAAUGUUAAAAUGGAUGACAGACAGGCAAGCAGUUUUGCCACCUCAUGGAACCGCUGCUGCGUUCGAGCACACGUUUAACAGUGAUGUCCAGGUAGCUGGGAUGUUGGUAUACUACAUUCUGACGCAAGCCCAUCCAUUUGGCGACAACCCUGACGUUAUUUACAACAACUGUUCGAGAGGCUGGGCUAGUAUCACUGAUCUCGAUGAAGAAGCGUCUGACCUAGUAAUGAUGAUGAUUACUUUCCCUCCACACGAGCGACCACGAGUGAGCGUGACACUUAGGCAUCCUUAUUUCUGGGCCGAAGACAAGAGGCUCCGAUUCCUCCUUCAAGUCGGACAGGAUCUUGCCCACUCAAACGCCCCCGAACAGAUAAAGGGACUGUUGAACAGCCAGAGUUUUAGGAUCAUGAAGGCUUCUUGGUGUGGCCUUGUCCACAAGGAGUUGUUGGAUUUGAUGCGUGACGUCGACUCUUACAGCUACAAUGCCAGCGUUGUGGAUUUGCUAAGGUUUAUACACAGUUGCUGCAAAUAUUAUCAAGCCAUGAACGGAGAGUUGCAGGAACUUUUACGGGACAGAUACCAGUACUUCACUGCUCGCUUCCCCAGGCUUCUCGUGUCCGUCUACAGAGUUAUCAAGACUACUCCCUGGACAGAGCGAGGAGCAUACAAACCUUUCUUCUGA